CCCAUCAUCACCUCCCUCAUCCUCCAACUCCCACCAUGGCCGGGCCACGCAAACCCAAACCCGCGCCCCCAAAAGGCCCAUCAACAACCCUCGUCCUCGACAACGGCGCCUCCACCAUAAAAGCCGGCCUCAUCCACUCCUCCACGAUCCCCUCCGAACCCCGGAUCAUCCCCAACGUGAUCGCCCGCGACCGCACGCGCAAGAUCUACGUCGCAUCCGAGCUAGAAAAAUGUCGCGAUUUCGGCGAGAUACAGUUCAGACGGCCUGUUGAGAAGGGGUUUAUUGUCAAUUGGGAGGCGCAGAAGGAGAUUUGGGAUAGGGAGAUUUUCGAGAGGGAGGAGUUUGAGCCUAAGGAUGCGAGGUUGAUACUCGCUGAGCCGCCGAAUGGGCUGCCGAUUUUGCAGGCGAAUUGUGAUCAGAUUGUUUUCGAGGAGUAUGGCUUUGCAAGUUACUAUCGGGGGAUAGGCUCGACGUUCAAUGCGUAUCACGAUGUGCAGAAUAUCUUUCGAACGCCGCAAGAGGCUCCAACGGUCGCUAACACCCCCGCCGAAGCCGUCAUGGUCAUCGAUUCCGGAUAUUCGCAUACAACCAUCACACCAGUGCUUCGCGGCCAACCGUUACAAUCCGCUAUCAAACGAUUGGAUGUCGGCGGCAAGGUUUUAACGAACUACCUCACACGAUUGAUCUCUCUGCGACAUUUCGAUAUGCGUAACGACACAUACAUCGUCAACGAGAUGAAAGAACUAUCGUGCUACGUCUCCGCCGACUUCAAAGCCGAUCUCGAAAAGUCAUGGAAGGGAACGAGGGGCGAACGUCGACCAGAUUAUUUGUCUGGCGGCGGUAUUGCCAAAGACUAUAUCCUUCCCGAUUUCCACACGCGCUUCAAAGGAACCCUCGUUGACUUCGAUCCCGCGCGACACUCCAAAUCCCGAAAACUAGCAGCCCAAUCCGAAGAAGACGCCCUCACCCUGCGCAACGAGCGCUUCACCGUCCCCGAAAUCCUCUUCAACCCUUCAGACGCUGGGAUCCGACAACCCGGUCUCGCAGACCUCGUCUACGAAUCCCUACAAGAACUGCCCAUUGGUCUCUGGCCUGCUCUACUAGCCAACAUUAUCGUUGUUGGUGGAAACACGCAUUUUGAUGGGUUUAUUCAGCGGCUGCAGAAGGAGGUUGUGCAGAGGGUGCCGGAUGAUUGUAUCGUUAGGGUUGCGAGGCCUGCGGAUCCGGUUACGCAUACUUGGUUUGGGGGUGCGAAUCUGGCGUGUCAUACGAAUAUUGAGAGGUUGGCUGUUACCAAGGCGGAGUAUGAGGAGCAUGGUGCUUCGUGGGUUGCGAAGAAGUUUGCUGCUGGGUUGGGGACUUGAGAGGGGAGGGAGAUUCGGAUCUUCUAUCAAGGUUGAGGAAUGGCCCUACUUGAAGGCACUUUCGUGGCCCAUCACGAGACACUUGCGCAGUUCUCUCACAUCUUUAUUGGGGGUUUGAACUAGGCGACAGUCCUGCAGACUGAGACUGGGCUUCAGAUCUGGUCAUAGAUAGGCAGACCGUGCUCAAACAAUCCGCCCCGAUUGUCAGCAGCCGCUCCCAUAUCUCCAUCUCCUGCAAAGUCCAGGCUCAGCUGGGUAUGGGAUGACGAUUGGGACCGGCCGACUCUACACAUCUCGCAUGCAUCACUCUAUGGAGUCUCGUUAAAGGUCCUGGUGGGUGUCUCUGCAUCAAUAUGGCAUUGAUAACAUGUAUCAGGGUUGUCGCUAGACGGCUUGUACUUCACAAACGUGAUCAACGACAGUCGCAAGCAAACAAGUACAUUACUGUAACAUAGUCUACAUCUAAUGGCAAAACGCCACCCAUGGUAUCACAAUUCCCAUCCUUACUCAACAUGAAUCAUAACCUUACCACCACUGGACCCCUUCUUCAAAUGCUCAAAAGCCUUGACCGCCUCCUUAAACCCAAACGUCGAAUCAAUCACAGUCUUGACUUUGCCCUCCACCAACCAAUCCCUCAACUGAUCUAGAUCCUUCUUCUUGUUCGCAGUAGCGUACGUAACGAACUUUGCCUUUACACCGCCCAGAAAGGAGGGUCGUACAAGGUUUGUCGUUAAGCUGAGAACACUCUUGGCUGAGACGUGCCCGCCUACAAAGACGAAGCUGCUGCCGGGGAGGAGAAAGUCGUUUGAUGAAGCGUACAGGUUGGGAGGUGCGUCGCCGACAUUGUCGACGCAGUGGCUGAAGACUUGACCGCGCUUCUUGAGCUCGGCGAUAACGUCGCUGGUUUUGUAGUCGAUGAUAUCGUCCGCGCCUAAGCUUCUACACAGAUCUGCUUUGCCCGUUGAGCACGACACUGUAACAGAGCAUCCCAACGCCUUGGCAAUCUGAAUACCCCACAGUCCAACACCACCCGAGCCACCAUUCAAAAACACCUUAUCACCACUCUUGACAUACGGCGCAAUAGUCUGAUACGCCGUCAACCCCGCGGUUCCCACACCAGCAGCCUGAUCCAGAUCCAAGCUCUCCGGAAUAACAGUAUACCCCUCCCUGUCGCAAACCGUAUACUCCGCCAGCGACCCCCAAGCCUUUGUCGGCGACGCUCUAGCGAGUACGAAAUCUCCUUCUUUCGCAUCGGUCACGUCUUCUGCGACGGAGACUACGUGGCCGCUGAGAUCCAUGCCUGGAAUCUUGGGGAAGGAGGUUAUAAGGCGCGAUGCGACGCCGAGCUCGCAGACCUUGUAGUCGGCGGGGUUGAGGGCUGCGCGGGAGACUUUGACGAGGAUCUGGCCGGACUUGAGGGUUGUUGGUUUGGGGAUUGUGGUGAGGUGGAAGACUUUUUCCAUUGGGCCUGGAUGGGCGACUUGCCAUGCUUGCAUUUCGGCCAUUGUGAGGAGCUGUUGAUGUUGCGUUAUGGUGUUGGGAGGUUCGUCGUGUUAGGAUACGUUGAAGGCAAUUGAGGACAAAGCUGAUAAUGGAGUAAUAUACAAUUAUGAAUGAUGAAAUCACAUGAAACAAAAGUCAAUGGCAUGCAACGUACGCAUCAUGAUAUAAGUAUCAAUGACGUCUUUUACAAAGCGGCGAAAAAAUAAAAAAUUGUUAAGAGUCUAGUGGAGAUGCCUCGGCUCAUGAGUCGGAAGAAAGACCAGAAAGGUUCUGGAAGCCGUUUAUUUAUGGAGGUAUUUCUAUAUACGGCGUAACAUUCAAAGUUUGUUAUUAAACGCUGGGAUGUUAUUAUUCAGCUCGUUACAUUCAUGCCAUUCGAUUAUGUUCUAUUGUUUUACGUCCUGCGGACAGAAGUUUUCGUAUUAGGUUGUAUGGAGGGGUUGCAUUGACGGAGAUUGAAGCUUCGAGGGGGUUCGUGGGUGGUAUAUUGGCGGAGUUUUGUGUCUGCGGAGUUCGAAGAGAUUCAUUUUGAGGUUGGACUUCCAAUUCUCUCUCUAGACGGAUUGUCUUUAGUAUGCUUCUUGAGGUAUGGUCAGAUUGUGCAACUCAGACCACUUGGUGACAACCUCUGGUCAAUGCAUCUUUUAAAUAUCCGCAAGGCUUCAAUUGCGAAUCUCGAAGCAGCCUCAUCUCGCGAGUCAACUGCAUCGCGAUCGUAUCUAAACAUUGACACUCGUCAACAAUAACCGUUGACACGGCCCAGCCCGAGGUCGGUCUGCUCGCACUACGUAUGCCUCCCAGUCUGCUGGUCAAUGGCUUCAGAACCCAGCAUAACGGUACACACCCAGCCUGACACUUAUUCAUGGAGAAGGCGCCUCGUGGCCACGGGGUGAGCGCUGCUUCAGCAACGGCGUGGGGUGGCCAUGAUCGGGAUCUCACAACCUUGAUGGGGAGAUAAGAUCGUGAUACUUGGAUGGUCGUGGCUUUUCGGCAUCGUGAAUGGCGCCGCGUUCGAGGGGUCCAGCAAGGUCGGUGAUGUAGGGAGUUGGCGAUAUGCUCAGAGAGCUCCCAAGUCAGGCCGCCGAAGCAUUUAAAAGAAAUGCGCGCUCAUUGCCCAAGAUCGCAUCCACUGCUGGGCGCAAUCUUGUCUGUAGAAAGUCAGUUCUUGUAUGAUGAAAGGCGAUUGAUCAUUGAGACCCGCUCAACGCGAUAGAAGCUGCCCAGUGUCUGCAGAGGUUGCUGGCGCGAGAGCUUCAUGGAGAGAGCUUAUCGAGUCGCGAUACGGGAGCUAUUGAACAAAUCGGAUCUGUGAGCACGGACGAGCUCCAUACCGAUCAAUUGAUCGUCAUUGCGGGUGACUUUGCAAAUGAUGGAGCGUUCGCUUCGAGUCAGACAGAAUCUGGAGUCCGAUCGGUGAUGCUCACUCACAACCCCAGAAAUUCACAUCCCCGCGAAAGCCAACCCUGCAGAUCUAGGGUAACUUAUAGCAA